AUGCCUGCACCAAGAGGUGGAAGAGGUGGAAGAGGUGGUAGAUCUUUCAGAGGUCGUGGCUCUGGUUCUCGUGGUCGUGGUCGUGGUGGUCGCAGAGGAUUCACCAAUUCGAGAUUGAACGAGGUUGAAUCGGAGGAAUCUUCCGGUGAUGAUGCUGGCAUUCAGUCAGAGGAGGAGAUUGUCGAUGAGACCAUGAUGGACGAGGGAUCAUCUAGUAGCGACGAAGAAGAAGAGACCACAGGACGCCCAUAUAACGAAUUACUUGAACUACUCCACGCCAAUUCGGAUUCUAAAGCACCAGCUGCGAAGCGCAGAAAGCUCGAUUCAAAAAGAGAGGAUGCUUCUACAUUGGUUGAGGAGGAUGAGGAAGAGUCCGGAGGCAACGAUGAUUUGGAAGCUCAAGCACCUUCAGACGACGAGGAAGAGGAUCAAGACGAAGACGAAGCUGAAGAUGAUGACGAAGACGAAGUCGAUGCGCUUGGGCCGUUCGAGAAACACUUUGAUAUUGGAGAGGAAUUCGAACUUACGAAGAAGAUUGCGCAAAUCGAAGCCAACAAAUGGACCUCGACUAAGAAGGAAGUGGAUGGGCUACGACUGGUGCGCACGGUACCUGGCCAUGGUGAUGGUACUCCAUCCCUGCUUCCGGCAUUGAAAACCACGACCAAUCUCAAGGUCAAGCAAAAGCUGAAGCCUCGCGUCGCAGAGUCCCUACCCGCAGUCCAGGGCGAUGUACAGCAAAUUGCUCCUUACGUAUUCGACUAUCAGGAUGUCCUCUACGGAGCUCGAACUACGGAUAAAGCAGACGCCAUGCGUGAUGUUAUGGCCCUCCAUGCUGUCAACCACCUGCUGAAGACUCGAGACCAGGUGUUGAAGAACAAUGCUCGUCUGGCCAAGGACCCUGAUACCGAUGUGGAGUGUCGGGACCAGGGAUUUACCCGACCUAAGAUCCUUUACCUGUUGCCCACUCGGCAAGCUUGCGUCCGGACCAUCAAUUCCAUCACCAAGUUCUACCAGGUUGACCAGCAGGAGAACAAAAAGCGGUUCCUCGAUACCUUCUCCUCAUCCGAUGAGGGAUGGGAUCACAAGACCGAGGAUGCCCGGGAAUUGUUCGGCGGUAACAAUGACGAUAUGUUCCGAAUGGGACUGAAGUUCACCCGCAAGACGGUGAAGUACUUUUCUCAAUUCUACAGUUCAGACAUCAUUCUGGCCAGUCCACUGGGCAUGCGGACAAUCAUGGAUCAAGCAGAUGCCAAGAAGCGAGACCAUGACUUCCUCUCCUCCAUCGAAGUCGUAAUUGUGGACCACGCCGAUGCCUUGCUCAUGCAGAACUGGGACCAUGUGUUGUAUAUCUUCCAGCACCUCAACCUCCAACCCAAGGAAGCCCACGGCUGUGACUUCAGCCGUGUCCGCAACUGGUAUCUUGACGACCAGGCCCGCUACGUGCGACAGACCAUUAUGCUUGCAUCCUUCAUCACACCCGAGAUAAACUCACUCUUCUCCACCAAAAUGCAAAACGCAUCUGGUCGCCUCAAGGCCACCCCCACAUACGCCGGCGCGAUCACCGAGCUCCCCCUCCCAGUCUCGGUCAAACAGACAUUCUCCCGGAUCGACAGUCUCUCCCCGGCCAAGGACCCCGACGCACGGUUCAAGCACUUCACAUCAACUGUUCUCUCGACGCUAGUCAAAAACAUCACGGGAAGCACUAAGGGUAGCUCGGGUACGCUGAUCUUCGUCCCAUCGUACCUGGAUUUCGUGCGCGUGCGUAAUCACUUUGCCACCUCGGCGCAAACGACGCACGUCUCCUUCGGCGCGAUCUCCGAGUACAGUGAGACCAGUGAUAUGUCGCGGGCCCGUAGUCAUUUCAUGAGUGGUCGUCAUUCGGUGCUAUUGUACACGGAACGUGCGCACCAUUUCCGUCGCUACCAAAUCCGUGGGGUCAAGCGUAUCAUCAUGUAUGGGCUACCGGAGAACCCUGUGUUCUACCAGGAGAUUGUUGGAUUCCUUGGACUUGAUCCGGCUAUGCUGGUUGAGGCCACCGAGGGCGGCGUGCGGGUGCUGUUUUCCAAGUGGGAUGCACUGAAGUUGGAACGUGUGGUUGGAACUCAGCGUAUUGGAAAUAUGAUGCGUGAGAAGGGAGGUGAUACUUUUACCUUUGUAUAG